AUGUCUUUUCCUGCCCCAGAAGACUCCAAAACUUCCCGAGUUUGGAUCGACGGAUGCUUUGACUUCGCCCACCAUGGCCAUGCUGGUGCGAUGCUUCAGGCUCGCCAAAUCGGAAAAGAACUUUAUGUCGGAGUCCAUUCGGACGAAGAAAUCCUUCAUAACAAGGGUCCAACAGUAAUGAAUCUUGCCGAGCGUCUUUCGGCCGUCCAGGCUUGCAAAUGGUGUACUUUACCAAUCGGUGAUGCCCCGUACGUCACUGACCCCGAGUUUAUGGAUGGGUUCGAUUGUAAAUAUGCGGUUCAUGGUGACGAUAUUACCACCGACGCCAAUGGAGAAGAUUGUUAUAAGAUUGUUAAAGACUUGGGAAGAUUCGUGGUCGUUAAAAGAACCCCUAGUAUCAGUACCACCGAUUUGGUUGGCAGAAUGUUGUUGAUGACCAAAGACCACCAUUUGAAAACCAUUGACAGCAAAUCCUACGAAUCGUUUGAAAAAAACGUUGAUGACGAUUACUGUCAUCCUUUGUUAACUGCAGAAAGUGUGGAAAGAUAUAAUCAAUACGCUACUGAUCAAUCAGGGUUGAAUCCUGGUUCAGAUGUGUUUGUCAAUCUUGCCGAUUCUGGGGACCUCAAACACUUUGUCAAGGGCACUACGGUUUCUUCUAACUUUAGCUUUUCGUCGAUAUAUUAUUUAUCGGGAACCUUUGAUUUAUUCCACCCUGGUCAUAUCGAACUUCUUAAAUCCGUUCAUUCUCUUGCAUUGGAAAAUAAUGCCAAAGUGGUGGUCGGUGUGCUUGAUGAUUAUACUGCCAGCAAGUACAAAGGGUUGAAUUACCCAAUCAUGUCGUUAUUUGAGAGAUCCCUUUGUGUUUUACAGUGCCGUUACGUUGACUCCAUGGUUUUAGGAGCACCAUAUAUAAAUACCAAGUCAUACUUUUCAAAAUUGAAAGCUACCUUUGGGGUCGACGAAAUCAAAGUGUUCCAUGGACCAACCAUCGAGAUAGAAUUUGAAACCCAAGAUAACUCAGCAGAACCAUCGGAUAAAAACGAUGUGUACAGAUUAGAAAGAGAACUAGGGAUUUUGCAAACUGUGGGUGCCCAUAAAUUCGACAACAUUACUACGGAAUCGAUUGUUGGUAGAAUCUUGGACAAUAGAAAAGCUUAUGAAGAAAGACAGAGGAAGAAAGGAUGGAAAGGUGAGAAGGAAAAGAAAAUGGAAAAAGAAGAAAAGAGUAAAGGUGGUUAG